AUGCCAGUGGCGACUUGCCGGCUCCUUUACAUACCCACCACCACCAUCCGCCUUUCCUCUUCACUCCCCUUCUCCUCUUCUUCUUCUUCCGUCCCCCGGAAUUCACGAUCCUUCCCUUCUCCGACCCUCACCUUCCGAUCCACUCGCUCUCCGAUCCUCGGAAGGGUCCUUUCCUCCUCCACCUCCGCCUCUCACGCCGCCGCAACCGCCCCCAUGGGUGACGCGCCCGAUGCUGGCAUGGACGCUGUCCAGCGGCGUCUCAUGUUUGAAGACGAGUGCAUUUUGGUGAAUGAGGAUGAUAAGGUUGUGGGACAUGAUUCCAAGUAUAACUGUCAUUUGUGGGAAAAUAUCGAAAAGGGCAAUGCACUACACAGAGCUUUCAGUGUGUUUCUCUUCAACUCUAAGUAUGAACUGCUUCUUCAGCAACGAUCUGCAACAAAGGUGACUUUUCCCCUUGUUUGGACAAACACUUGCUGCAGUCAUCCUUUGUAUCGGGAGACCGAGCUCGUUGAUGAAGCAUCUCUCGGUGUGAGGAAUGCUGCCCAAAGGAAGCUUCUGGAUGAACUCGGUAUUCCUGCUGAGGAUGUGCCUGUGGAUCAGUUCAUGCCCCUGGGCCGCAUGCUGUACAAGGCCCCUUCUGAUGGGAAAUGGGGAGAGCAUGAACUUGAUUACCUGCUCUUCAUUGUUCGUGAUGUGAGCAUGAAACCGAACCCAGAUGAGGUGGCUGAAGUCAAGUACGUGAACCGUGAGGAGUUGCGAGAGCUGUUGAGGAAAGCCGAUGCAGGCGAGGGAGGCUUGAAACUGUCGCCAUGGUUCAGGCUAGUGGUGGACAACUUCUUGUUCAAGUGGUGGGAUCACGUUGAGAAGGGAACACUCAAGGAUGUAGCUGACAUGGAAAUUCACAGGCUCUAG